CGCUGCACGGAGGAAACCCAUGAUCGCAGACUCAACACGCAUCCUCACACCACUGACCUGAGCUUAGCUGUGUCCUGCAUGUGUGUGCAUGUGUGUGCGUGUGUGAGCGGGAGUGUGAGUGAUCCCCAGAAACCAGCAGCAGGAUGGAGGAUCUCAAGGAGAAUCUGGGAACUUUGGAUUGACGCCCGGGGAUAGCGCGCGGUCGGCCUGAACCUCAUCGGGUUUCUCGUGGAUUUAUAUAUUUGGAUGUUGUCUGUUUCCCCCUUUUCCCCUUUUCUCCUAGGCAGUGGGAAUUUACAUUUGGCUUACAACUCCUAUUAUUUCUGGCGUGCAAAAUGCCAUUCGCCAAAAGGAUUGUGGAGCCGCAGCUUCUUUGCAGGCACCAGAUCCCCAACGAUGAAGGUCUGCUUUUCGAGGACCUGUGUGCCAUCAGUAACGUGGUUCUGUCCCGGACCUUGCGACAGCUGUCCGACCUGGCCCGGCACGCCUGCUCCUUAUUUCAGGAGCUGGAAAACAACAUCAUUACCACCAACCAGCGGGUCUGGGUCCUCCAGAACAAAAUAGGCCAGAUACAGCAGACUGCCAGUGCCCUAGACCCUAAAAAGGAGGCAGUGCCGGUGUCAAACCUGGAUAUAGAGAGCAAGCUGUCACUUCACUAUCAGGCUCCAUGGCACCAGCAACACAACGUGUUUCAUCCUUGCACCCGACCACCAUGUCUGGAGGAGCUGCACAGAAAUGCUCAGCUCAGUCUCAGAGCCCUGCACCGAGACGAACAGCGCCACCGCUCCACAAGUCGGGAGAGAAACAGGGUGACCAUCUCUAUCUCAGUGGCUCCCCCUAUGCCCACCUUCCCCUCACCACACUCCAUCCGCAGGCAACAAAGGAGUCGCCUGGCACGAGCGCAAGAGAGAGCAGAGAGGGAGCGAGAGUUAGACUAUCAACCCAGGAAGGAGAGGACCGUGAGAGAAACAGAGAUCCAGACCAUACAGAGAAAAGAGAGGCCAGGGAGAGAAGCAGAUAUUCAAACGAUCCAAAGAAAGUUUGAGUGCUUUUACUCACUUCACCCUAUUGAAGGUUGCAUCUUCAUUCCAUGGAGUAGAAAGGCUACCUCGACAGGGGAAGGUGAAGGUGGUGAGGUCCUGGGGGGCCACAGAGCCAAGGCCUCAGCCCCCAAUGCCCCCUCGACCCAGGAUAAACAGACGAACUGGUCCAAGGAAAACCUCCCACCAUCAGAUCAGAAGACGACUGCUGAUUCUCACGCCAUCUCCUCCUGUAUCAUCCCCAUCAAUGUCACAGGAGUUGGGUUUGACAGGGAAGCAAGUGCUCGUUGCUCUCUAGUCCAUUCCCAGUCAGUUCUUCAGAGGAGAAGGAAGCUGAGGAGGAGGAAGACUAUCACAGGAAUACCCAAAAGAGUACAACACGACAUGGACUCAGAUGAAUCACCCGUAGCAAGAGAGCGCACAGUGAUCAUCCAUGCCAACCCGCACCAACUAUCUCUCUGUCAGGAAGACCUCUCAAUCAGUGGUCGCCUCCAUCACACUCGUGACUCUGGCUGCCAGACAGAUGAUUUCCUUAUAGCAUGUACAGCUGCUCCCUCCAGAAGGCGCAUCAGAGCUCAACGUGGCCAUCAGGGAAUCCCUGCCUCUCUGUCCCAUUCAACAGGCAACAUUUCUUCCCUGGGUGACCAGUCAGACUCCACAUACACCAGUGCUGCAGCCCACGGUGGCCGCUUGCGAUCUCGUAGCCUACCGCGAGAGGGUGGACGUCUGAUGGACAGUGACGAGGAUGACGAUGACAAUUAUGAUGAUGAUGACGAAGACGAGGAGUUGUCACCAUAUGAAGCAGAGGACUUUAUUCCACCUGGCCCUAGUCCAAGAAUGAAGAUGAUGAUGAUGAAGGAGGAAGAAGAGAGCACAGAUGACCAGGCAGCCCCUGAGCCACUGCAACUUGGAAGCCUAAAAAGGUUGCAGCGAUCUGGGGAAAGAGACAGAGGGGUUGGAGGAGGAGGGAGCCCAGAGCAUAGCUGGAUGGAGAGGGGCCGUUCUCGCUUGCCCCGCAAGGCUGACAUGGGCAGCUGUGAGAUCUCAUCGAGUUCAGAUACUUUCAGCAGCCCUAUUCACUCUGUGUCUACAACAGGAGUUCUAGGCAGCCAUGUGGACCACAAGGAGGACCACCAGUCAUCGAGCGGGAACUGGAGUGGUUCCAGCUCCACCUGCCCCUCUCAGACAUCUGAAACCAUCCCCCCGCCCUCUUCUCCACCACUGACAGGCUCAUCUCACUGCGACUCAGAGCUGUCACUCAACACUGUGCCCAAUGCCAUUGAUGAGGGAUUCUCCCUGGAUCCAUCAUACCACUCUGACCUCAGACCCCAGGGCCAGGGUCACAGGUCAAGCUCGUUCACAUCCUCAGCCACAGACCAGUUAGACGAUGCAGGGGUCAGUACGGCCAGUGACGGGGAGUGGACAUACCCUCCAGAUCAAGACCCUGACCAGACCCAAAACCUGAGCCAGAGCCAUGGGUUAGCCCAGGAGUACAGCUCCAAACAAGGUCUAGAAGACCAAACCUGUUUCAGUGACAACAAGACCAGCAACACUGAAAAAGAGCCUGGCUCUCAUUACCCAUCUGAUACAGAGGGUUUUUACUCCUCUUCUGUGCAUUUUGGGGAGUGUAAUCAGAGUUACAGAGGAUACAUGUAUAACUAUGCAGACCCAGGGCCUGACUGUGGCCAAUCCAACACUGUGGCAGCACCACUAUCCCAUGGAGUUUACCCCCAGCCCUCAGCUGGCUUCAGAGCAGGCACUAUGACCCUUGGGAGGACAUUUCGUCCGCUGAGGAAACCAAAAGUCAAACCUCCACCACCCAAACGGACCUCCUCGCUGAAGGAAAACAGUAGUAGUGUUGAUGUUGGAACGGACACACAGGCAGAUCAGGAUCAACCAAAGACGGUCAGUGAACAAGAGCUUACCUUGUCUUCCACAGAUAUGAAGCUGGAACUGGAGCUAGAGCUUGGAGGUGCUCCAGAACCAUUACAGACAUCUUGUCUAGUGGCAGAGCCUUUGGGAACUUGGGGAAUGGGACUAGGUGAAACCGUGGACAUAGUAGAGCCCAUGUCCUUCAGCUCUGCAGAUACACACUCGUUUAAGGAUGAAGGUGCUGUGCAAUCUGACUAUGCAGACCUGUGGCUUCACAACACUGAGCUGAAGUCCAACAAUGGUGAGUACACAUCCAUGUCCAACUCAAGCACAGCCACAGGCACUACUGUCAUGGAGUGUAUCAAGUCACCAGACAGCUCUUCCUCCUCCACAGAAACCCAAACCCAGGCCCAUGCCCAGGCUCCAGAGACCAGGGCAUCAAGUCCACCUCUCCCACCUGGAGACUUCAAACUUGGGUCACCUGAGAAGCUGGCUGGCCUGGCCUCACCAUCAAGUGGCUAUUCCAGCCAAUCAGAGACUCCAACGUCAACCUUGCCCUCAUCUUCGGCAGCGUUCUUCCCAGGACCUCUGUCGCCCUCAACUGGCAAGAGAAAGCCCAAAGUGCCCGAAAGGAAGUCUUCUCUCUCUUCCCUGCAGCACUUCCCCAGAGAUGGAGCUUCCAUUUCCUCUGUCUAUAAGAGAGAUCCAGACUUCCCACCCCCACCUUCUCAACUUGAUCUCAAUGUUCUUCAUGGUGGUUAUGUCAGACACACGCUAUCCCACCGGACGCACCACAUGCACACGCUCCACCACAGCAAACACAGAGUUGCAAAUGUUUUAGCCACUGGAACAAAGUUGUUGGUCCCUGAGGCAUCAAAUACCAACCCACCACCAGGUUUAAACUCUGCUCCAACGAUUCCCAGCGCCAAUCUGUUGCCGAUAACUCCAUCUGCUCUUCGUUCAGUGCAGCUCCAUUCUGUUAGCCAAUCUACAGAAAGUGCUACCACUAUAGACCAGGAAACAGCAAGUGGAGCAGAGACCGCUACAAGACCCAAAUGUCCUCCUAGUGGUUCUACUCUGGCUCCACCACCUAUAAACAUUAGGCCUCUCCCUCCUCGCAGACCACCUCCAAGACCCCCAGCGCAUGACCACACCUCCUCUCCUGAACAUUUGCAACCACCUCCCCCUGGCCGCCACCCUGAUGGGCCUCCAUCCUAUGAAAGCCUGUUACUCAGACAGGACCGCUAUGGACCUGGAACCUUCUGGGCUAUGACGGCCUUCAGAACCCGGAUGGACCCGUCAUCAGAACUCUCUGACGACAGCUCACCCUUGCAUCGGCCCGUGCCACGUGCUCCCCACCCUUCGCCUGUGGAUCUACACACACAUAUCCACUCACACACAGAGUUCAGAGGGCUCACACACUCAGCCCAUGCACACCCUGAGUUUAGGGUUUUGGGAGAGCGCUCGUUCUCACAGGACGAUGAUGAUGAUGACGAGGAGGAGGAGGAAGAAGAAGAGCAGGUGAAAGAGCCGCCGAGGGCUGCAUGUUCCAGAGGAGGCAUGCGAUUGGAUCACCCUCCACCCCCAGCAUAUGAGUUUGCUGGGGGAUCCCACUCAGACUCAGGGCCCUGGGCUAGUCCAGUCAAAGUGCCUGGUACCACAAUGGAGACAUCGCAUCCUUACCUAAUCAGCGAUGCAAGGAAAGGAGGACAAGAAGAGCAGGAAGAAGAGGAGGAAGUGACAUCAGGUGCUACCAGAAGUGCCCAUCAGCAGCAGCUACAGGAGGGCAAAGAUGACUCCACCACUCCUGACACUGAGGAUUACUUCAGUAAAGAUUCCACACCGAGUGAUAAUUCGCUCUCCCCUCUGAUGGAUGACACCAAAGUGGAUGAUGACAUUAUUCUCACAUCACCCAACAAGACCCGUACAACUGAGGACCUGUUUGCCAUGAUACACAGAUCCAAGAGAAAGGUCCUGGGCCGUAAAGAUUCAGGAGACUUAAACGUGAAGUCUCGUCUCUGCCCUACAGCACCAGUGACCCUUGUCUCCGCCGUCAUUAUCCCACCAGCCCCUCCUAUCAACAUCCCAGCUCCCUUAGCCACUGCUGCUGGGUCACAACGAGCCCCUGUGCCAAUCUACCGCAGCGCCAAGAAAUCCAGCACGUCCAAUGAGGAGUUUAAACUCCUGUUGCUAAAGAAAGGUAGCAGGUCUGAUUCCAGCUACCGCAUGUCAGCUACAGAGAUUCUGAAGAGCCCUAUCACCCCUAAAACCCCAGGGGAGUCCCUUCAGGAAGGGCCUAUUAGACAGGCUGAGGAGCCAUUCUCUACACUCCAAGAGCCCCCCAUUUCUGGCCUGGAUCCAAUCCAGAUACCAGGCCUUUUUCCCAGGGCCAACUCUGAGAGUUUCACCCCCAAAAUCCUGCCUAUGUCAGCUGCAUCUCGACAGGGACGUUCUCGGAUCCCCCCUGUAGCCAACAGCAGUCGCUACAGUACACGUAGCCGCCUCUACACAGCCCCCAUGCAAGCCAUUUCCGAAGGGGAGACAGAGAACUCAGAUGGGAGCCCCCAUGAUGACAGAUCAUCCUAAAAACACCUGAUGAGAGAUGUCCUCUGUUCUUAGCUGUGUCCUACAUUUGAAAUGGCCCCUUCUACUUUUCUAAUCUUGGAUAAGUGUGUCAUCAAGGCCAAUAGUGUAAUUCUUCAGAUACACAAAAUCUGACUGUUGCUAAACAGCACCCAGUUUUGGAUCUAAUAAUAUAUUUAAGGGUAUCAGAGUGUUGUGAGAUGCUGAAUCAUAAAGGGAUGAUUAUGAAGACUGAAUACCUAAAUACUGUAUUAUCAAAAGAAUAGCUCCCUCAUAGUUAAAGGAGCAACACUUAAGACCUAUUUUGAUUGAACUGUCUUUUUUUUAACUAAAAAAACAGUCCCAAAUGUUUGGUUGAUUAUGAUGAGAAAAUAAAUUUUGUGGAGUACAGACAACGUGCGUGUGCAUGAACAAGCACAUGAAACAUCCACUGAUAUUUCUACUUCUUGUGUUUUGAAUGGUGUGAGUGCGUGUGUGUCGCUGAGGAACUGCUUUCAUAUUAAAAUUAAAAAUUCUUAUGAAAUUUAAUAUUCUUUCAACUUCUGGUGCCCAAAGCAUUGACCAGACUUUCCAGAGUCCAUACUCAAUAUUCCUGCCAACAAGCAAGGGUUGUUUCAUUGUGGAAGUUACUAACAACACAGCACCAACUUAUCUAUUAUAUUUCCAUCUGCAGACCUGGCAUAGAAAGUAUAUCACACAGAGCCAAUCAUAUAUUUCUUCACAUUAAUUAUAUCCAAAAAGAUAACAUAAUGCAUGUAUUUUUGUAAAACUGCACCUCAGAACAUGAUGAUAAAGUUUCACCAUGUUGCAUGACCCUAUAUGGAAACAUCCCCCAGAUCCUGGUUUCUGUUGACAUUUUUGUGGUUCCUUUGUAUUAUAAGAAUAGUUAAUCUUUCACUGUGAAAGGUUUUAGUGACAUUUGUACCACAUUGCCAGUGAUCUAAAUUGAUUUGUCUUGGACUUGAGUGUCAAACAAGAAGAAGCAAGGGCUUGCACCAAGAUGGGGCCCAUUUGUCAAAGAUACAGGCUAAUUUUGGACAAUCGCACAGUGGCCUUUCUCUACUAGAGGUGGUUGUAAGCAGGGCAUUUAUAAGUCCUUGCACAUACACAUGGACCUGCGCCAUGUUCCUCCAGAAUUCAGUCACAUACUUAUUUAAAUCCAACCUUAAAAAUCUAGUAUGUUUAGACUGAUAAAAGCUUUUCCAGCGGCUGGCCAGUCUUGCUGUGCUGACUUGAAGUGGAAAAGGUGCAUUUGAAAGCGGUUAGAUAGAUACCAUUGAGUGCAGACGGUGAAAAUGCUUUAGAGGGUCCUCAAUUGGUUUGACUAGAGGUUAAUUUGGAAAUGUUUCCAAGAACCAACCUCGCUUUUGCACUUCAUGAUUCUUCAAGAAUAUUCCUUGAAAAGAAAAUAUAUCUUAUAAUGAAAUUGCAUAUGUAUAUUUGUACUGAAUAUAAAAAGGCAUAUCUAUAUAAAACAACAAGCAGAAAUUUUAUAGGGAAUCAACCUGAGUGUAGCAAAGAAGAACAGGUCUCACUGACAACAUUACACAUGAAUCUUAACAAUGUACACUGUUCUGCUCUCCUUGUUGCCUCUCCUUCAUUUGCACUGACCCAGUAGCAUUAGACAGGUGAAAGCUCAACCCAGUGGCUGGUGUACACCAUUUUGUCUUACCCUCCAAACAUCAUAUCACAAAAUCUUAAAGAGAGGAGACAAGAUGAGGAAAGCACUACAUACCACCAAUACUUAAAAGUCAGCAAUGCAUCCCUUGCAUUGCUGCAGCCUUUUCUAUCCAACACCGGGGUAGAGUAUGCCGUAAAAUCUUUCUCAUCCUUCCAAUAAAUGUUACACAUGUAGAGUAUCCAGUGUCUUACAUAAGCAAACUAUCAUCAAUGGAAACUUUGAACUCUCACCUGCCUACCACAGCAAAUACAACACAUAUACUUCUUACAUUCAGAGACCGCACUUCAGUAGAAACCAUUCACUGUAUUCUGUGAAUACCUCAGCAAGCAUAUUACUGUUUUAUUGUAAAUGCUAUAGAUAGAUAGAUAGAUAGAUAGAUAGAUAGAUAGAUAGAUAGAUAGAUAGAUAGAUAGAUAGAUAGAUAGAUAGAUAGAUAGAUAGAUAGAUAGAUAGAUAGAUAGAUAGAUAGAUAGAUAGAUAGAUAGAUAACAAAACCACAACUCUUUGAUACUCAGCGAAUUUGAAUUGCAGAACUGACACUGUGUAAGAUGGAGAGAGUAAAAAGCUGUGAAAUGAUUAUUAGAAUUUUACAUUCAUCAUACCCAUAUUGCUGAAGCGCACUUGUUCCUAUUCAUUGUUUUGUUUGUUGUGUUUUCUAUCGCAUGCAAUAAGUAAAGAAAAAAAGAAGAAGAGAAAAGGACACCACCAUAUCAUUAUUUUUAUCGGAGGGAUGUCUCCAUAUCACGAAAAAAGAUUUUGUAUUUUCUGUUCAAAUGUCAAGUUCAAUAGUGUGUUCUAUAGAUGUACAAACUGUCUGGCUAAUUCUGUUCUGUAUAGUCGUGAUCACAAACAGGGGUUUAUCUUGUACUGUAUAUCUACUCACUGGACAAUCAUACAUAUAAGAGACUGUAAAGAAAAUGAUAUAGAAUCUGUUGGGAUGGAGAAUCUGAACACUCUUGGUGCUGGGUCCUAUUCUUGCUGGAGCUGUGGAAGUUAGGAAUGAGAGAAAUAUUUUCCAGGAGAAAACGCUGAUUUAGUUUAAAGUGCAUAUCUGGAUAAGCCGCUUUGGAUAAAAUGUACUAAUAAAAAAAAAACAUAGAAAUGGAAAAAAAUAUCCAUUCAUAGACCCAAAAACUAGUUUGAUUUGAUCAGAAAGUCAGUGUCUUUACUUUUGACUCAUUGCAGAAUUUUUUGAUUCCCACAAAACAUUAUUACUGGAAAAUAAUCAAAUCUGUAGGGUUGAUGCAGUAUUACAUGAAAAAUGCAAUGUGACUCUGUGAAAUACCAUUCAAAAGUGUAAAAGAAAAAAUACUCAGAGUAUUUUUUGUGUGAUUUUUCCGUACUGUACCAGGCAUUGAUGCUAUAGAGGUAUUUUAAGACUGUUUCCUUUAUUUUUAAAAGCAGUGGAUAAAUGAUUGACUGACACAAUUUGAUUAGAAGACAAACUGUGAGGUUGCCAUGCAGACUCUAGUUUAGCACUUAUUUAGCCCUCUCAAACCUCAGUCCUCAACAACUUCGGAAUACAACAAAACAAGAAUCUAUAACCUUUAUAGAUUCUUUGUCCCAACCUGUUUUUAAAUGUCUGCACGCAAUUAUGCCCAAAAGGGAAGUGUGACAACACCCACUGGAUAUUUUUCUCAAAUGUGUACAGUAUGGAAUAACACUAAACAGACUUUAAAAUAUGUGACAGAGAACAGAAAAAAAUACAGACAUUAAUACAGACACAGUGUGUCACACACAUCUAUUUAAAAGAGGCUCCAUGUUUAAAACUAGCUAGGACUUAACAGAUUUGAAUCACUUUUGUAUUUUUGUAUAAACCUGUAAAUAAGUUUUUAAAGAAAAAAAUGUUUCAAAUUCUUUCUUUUGUAAAAUAAAUCAAUAAAAUAAUAAAAACAAAAAAGUUUUUUUUUCAAAGUUUACAUGAUUAUUUCCAAGCCUUUGUAUAUUUUGGAGCUGUGCAACACCUUCAGUCUUGUAUUUAUUUUUUGGGGGGUUAUAACAUUGUGAAAAUUCCAUUAUUCUAUAUCUAAUUCAUUUUAACAGCUCAUCAGGCUGCUUAGUAACUGUGCAUAGAAAAAAAGACAAUAAAUGUGAUUGCGUUGAAACGGAA